AUGGAAAACCCUGAGGAAGCGAAUCAGCAAGGGUCUUCCGUUGAUAUCACUGCGUUCAUAGCUGAAGCGCCAUCAAACACUGCUGUUGUUAGUUUGGAUCAAUGGAGCUGUUUCCCUUUCACUCUGGGGGGACUAGAGUCAUCCGAUCAUCCGCAGGUUACUUCUCACCCGGCUCAAUCAAUUCUAUCCUCAACAGACGGAAUGGCUGAGACUGGCUCUCCCGGAGCAGCCUAUGACCUUCCAGAGAAGCAUGCAACUGCAGGGGCUUUCUUUAUGACCAGAAUGGGGUCUCGAAACACCAGGGCAAUUUACCUGGCCCGAGCGCUCCAGGGCUUAAUCGGGGCCAUGGAACUCGAUGGAGAAAGAUACGUGAACCUUUGGUCAUCUCGGGAAACGAUUUUUUCAGGUUCUGGCACAGGUCCAGUCGCUCGCUUCCGGCGAUUGUUCCAUGCUCUGCUUCAAGUGAGGCGUGGUCGCGAUGAUUAUGACUGUGCAAGUCGACUCUGUCACAUAUUCUUGGAGCACGAUCUUGAGCAGCUGGAGAAAUCUGGUCACCUCCGCGUAUCCCGUGGGCGUGGCAGAAAAUCUGCAGCUCUAUCAAUGCAGGCAGCAAGCAUAUCAGCUUCGGUGGAAGCCGUGAAAACGGAUCGCAAGGCUGGCCGGAGAUACAUGCAAGUUCUAAUGGAUGCUGGGCCAGGGCUUUUACUCAUGCUUGGUAGCCAGGUAAACACAGUGUAA